CACUGAAGUAUUUCCUGCUGCUGUGAGCGCGCGUGAAGCAGAGCACGAGGGGGACGAAAGCCACUUUCACGCGCAACAAAGCUUGUAAAUGCGAUUCAAGGUCAAAACGGAGCAUCUUUUUUCGGACUUCUGCUUAAAUACGAAUGAAAAGAAAACAUGUUAUUGAAGUAAACUGAACAGGAAAGAGAAUUCACCCUCAAGUGGACUUUAACGCGAUGACAUUUGUGCACACGCCGAUUUCUGCUAACUGAAAAAGUGGAAACAGAAAAUGUGGGAUCAAAUUGAUUUUCAUUGACUCUUGGCAUGGGGAAAGGAACACCUUGGCCUUCUAAAUCAACUUUACAUGAGUUAACACAGACUCUACGAUGACAUCACUGCAAAACUGCAGACUCAUGUAUACAGGGAACGUGACAGAUGCCUCCUUGAGUUAUAUUUGCUGCCUUGAAGGCACCGGAUAUUUAAAGAUGAACCCUUAUGUCAUCCCUUAUGCCAGAUGUCUUCCUUAACUUUUAUUUGUUGAUUCCUUUUGACUGUAAGCCAUUAGUUUGAGUAAGCUUAUAAAAAAGGGAUAUUUCAACACUUGGACUGGAAUUCAGAGAAAAAUUUCACCUCUGAGCAGUGUUGGAUUUCGGCCAAUGAUCCAUUUAUAGCAGACUCACCGUUAUACCACCUGCACUUCAAUCAGAGUGCUUUCUAGAGCAAAAUCUUUUGGAGAAAUGAGCCUCGAGACUGAAACAUCCUUUGAAUCAACUGGAACCAGGACAGUAUAAACUAAACUGGACAUGGAAACAAUUCUUUGAAAGACUGUCACUCUCGAUGUGCUUAAGUUUUUUGGACUAGUCCUGUUUUAGGGAAAUGGGAAGAGGUCCUAGAAGAAAGACUGGUCUGUAUAUGCAUGCUGUUGUUUUUAUUACUUUUUAGAGAUGUAAAUCAACUAUUUUGAUGCAUGUCAAACAUAGUCCCCUACAUGUUCUUAAGGCUGAUUAGUGUUUUUGUUUGUUUCGAUGUAGUUUUUUCCUCUCCAUUUUUUUAACAUAUGCUUUACCUUGUCUGUUUGUUCCUUUAGCUGUUUAAUUUUCUUAGUUGCCAUAUGUUUUAAAAAUUAUCAUAAGGACACUGUUACUGUUUUCCUCUGUCUGCUUUAUCUCAUAUCUCUGCAAAUAAUAUGACAUUGACCUUGAGUUUAUUCAUACAAAAACAUUUAUCUUUCCUUGUGGCAUCUUACAAAUUUGGAACUUUACGUUCAGAGAAUCAUCCUGACUGUCUGGAUUGAGACUGAUAUUGGUCCAUUAUCUGUCAUGGAAUGAUACUGGACGCAAAAACUGUACAUGAAUUUUCAUUUUUCAAAUACUUUUUUGAUCAACGGUUAAAGAUGAUCUUUAAUGUGACUGUGUUCCGCCUCUGGACAGUGAUUGGCUGCCGGGAUUUGAAUGACAAACUGUACUCUUUCAGCCAAUAAGGAAAUAGUCAAACAGUCUCACUUAUAAUUGGGAUAUCUCUUUAUAACUGUGGGAAUUCACCAAAAAUGAUUUUCGCACUAGAUUUAUCUGGCAAACUAUCCAACAAAACCUAAAUUUAGAUUUUCUUACCCAGAACAACUUUCAGAUUUGGUUAUCUUCUAAACCUUCUUGAGAUUUGUUGAACAACACAAACACCAUCUGUGAUCUCCAAUAAUGGGAGCUGCUCGAGUGAAGCGGCGCUUCAGUGCAGUUGUUGACACCCCCAUGGACGAGGAAGAAGUCAUGAGGUUGGCUCAAAGUGAUGAUGUCAUCUCCCAUACGGGUGAGCUGCCCUCGCCCAACUGCAAUGGCAAAGUGCUUGUCCUGCACCAUAGCAAUGGAGGAAGGACAGAAGAAAGGGGCGAUGAUGGUGAGGAGGAGGAUGAUAAGGAUGAUGGAGAAGGGGGAGGAAGGAGAGGAGGAGGAAGGCUUGGCUCAGUGCUCAGGGGUGAGUCUGGGGCAGAAGGGAGAUGGGAGAAGAGGAAGAGACCGUCCUCAGCUUCCCUCUCACCCACGCCACCCCAUGAUCGCCACGGCCAGUGCCGCCGGCCCCGACGGCGCUUUGUAGGCAAGGACGGGCGCUGCAACGUCACCUUCGUCAACAUGAGCGACAGGGGCCAGCGCUACCUCACUGACCUCUUCACCACCUGCGUGGAUAUCCGCUGGCGAUGGAUGUUUGUGGUGUUUACCCUCUCCUUCCUGCUCUCCUGGCUUCUCUUUGGUUUCGCCUUCUGGCUCAUUGCCGCUGCUCACGGGGAUCUGGUUCCCCUUGCAUCAUCUUCGUCUGUUUCUUCUCUGGCUCCUCUGGAAGCUGCAGAGAAUUCUGGUCCAGCGGAGACAGUUGUGGACACAGAGGAACGCUGCUUUCAGCAGGUGAACAGCUUCAUGGCAGCCUUCCUCUUCUCUCUGGAGACGCAGACAUCUAUAGGCUAUGGUUUCCGGAGCGUUACAGAGGCCUGCCCCCUGGCGGUGUUUGCUGUCGUCUUGCAGUGCAUUGUGGGCUGCAUCAUCGACGCUUUCAUCAUCGGGGCGGUGAUGGCUAAGAUCGCCAAGCCCAAGAAGCGGAAUGAGACACUGGUGUUCUCGGAUUUGGCCUUAGUGGCCAUGAGGGACGGGAAACUCUGCAUGAUGUGGCGAGUGGGAAACAUGCGCAAAAGCCACCUGGUUGAGGCUCAUGUACGAGCACAGCUACUGAAGCCACGUGUGACCCCCGAGGGUGAGUUCCUGCCUUUGGACAGUGAAGACAUCAAUGUCGGCUUUGACACAGGAACAGAUCGUAUCUUUUUGGUGUCUCCUGUGACCAUUGUGCAUGAGAUCAAUGAGGAGAGCCCGUUUUUUGAGAUGGACAGAUGCACACUAGAGGGAGACAAAGAACUAGAAGUGGUUGUGAUUCUGGAGGGCAUGGUGGAGGCCACUGCCAUGACAACCCAAUGCCGCUCUUCAUAUCUGGCCUCGGAGAUCCUCUGGGGUCACCGCUUUGAACCUGUGCUCUUUGAGAAAAAAAAAUGCUACCAGGUGGACUACUCCCACUUCAACAGGACAUAUGAGGUCAAGGACACGCCCACAUGCAGUGCCAAAGAGUUAGCAGAGAAAAAGUACAUCCUUGGAUCCCGUUCCUCUUUCUGUUACGAGAACGAGGUGUCUCUGCAGCUCUCCUCCACUGCCCCUCCCUGCCCUGCCCAGUUCUCUCCCUCCCCGUCUUCUACAUCCUCUGCCUCGCCUUCAUGCGUACGCCCCACACCUCCACCCCGACAGGACUCCUGUAGUGAGCAUCCACAUAUACACUGAGCCAUGCGGCUGGCAUCAAAGGAGAAAGCAAUGGUCAAAGUAACAUAGAGUGAAAAGGAAUGGAAAUGGGCCAGAAUGAAGGGAGGAGUUUGAAUUGGGGGUAGGGAGAGACAGAGAACCAGAAUAGAGACAAAGGGCUGGAAAGACGGACUCGGACGGGGGACUAAAAGGCAAAGAGAUCCAUAAAGGAACAAUGUAGAACCCUGGGCUGAUUAAUGACAAUAGGGUCAUGCGUAAGACAGAGAGAAAAGACAGCACAAAAGAUAGAGAGUAGGGGAGGGAAAUGCGCUUCUCGCUGGUUGAGAAGGAACGACAAGGCGUGAUGGGUUGAAUUCAACAAAACAGCACCUGCAUCUUUUUUUACUGACCACCCGUAAUCCAGUUUAACCAGUCACAGUCUGUGCAAGUUUAAUGCUGCAUUGUGCAUAUUUUGGUCAUUCACUCUUUUCUAUGCAAUUUUCAUAAUUAUACAAUAUACUGUAUAUACAUAUAUAUAUAUAUAUAUAUAUAUAUAUAUAUAUAUAAAUCAUAGUGUAUCAUUCUCUAGGCAUUUGUGUGCAUGUUCUAUUAAGAACAGUUAUUAAUACAAGUAUUAAUAAAAAAUAAACUUAUUGCAAACUGGAUUGCAAUGGUGAUGUCAAAUGGUGAGAGUCGUGUGUGAUAUUAAUCAUGCAAGCAGGCAAAUUGCACAUUAGUUUUUAUUGCUUUAUUUGCACUUUAUCCAGUAUACAUAAAUUCUUUAGAGAAUUGGCUGCUAUGACAAUGUGGACAUUACAUGAAAAUAACAUUUUAUAGACCAAUUAGCCAAUGCAAUUUAUUUUUGGUUAAUUGCCCCGAUUUUAAAAUUGGAGCUUUGAAGAGAAAAAACCAAGGUAAGAUAGACUCGAGAGGGAAGAAAAAGGAGAGGGGGUCAAAUAUGCCAAUAAAUGUGAUUGAGUCAGAAUCCAGGGGAAUGUAGUACCGCUGGAGAUUCAAGUCAAACACACUGGGAUGGAGGUUUAAUGACCAAAACAGAUUGAACAGAUUGGGGGAAGGGUGUGCGAGGGAGAAAAGAGGCACGGAGGAGGUCAUUUUGACUGGAGGAGGGCUGCGACACCGACCCAGUGAGCUGACUGGAUCUGGCGAUCAACACUCACCUGCAGUUGCUCCAGCACGUACCUGACAGAGACACAACAGUGACGCCUCGUGGCCGCAACCAGUAUAACCGAUUUUAGAGAAAUUGGACCUUUAAACAAAAAACAGAAUAAUUUGGUCAGUGAUUUUGUCUCAAAAAUAUCUGAUUACUUGCUGCAAUAACUAUUGUGUCUUGAAUUAAAUAUCUGGGUAGCUGCUAGAGCCACUGCAGAGCAGGAAACUACUGAAAAUCUGCAGCACUUUCCAGUUGUUUCUCUAACUGUAUGCACUGUACUAUUUGUUUUGUAUUUUUUCAUAUUGGAGCACUGUUUUGUAUUAUGGUACACAAAGACAUCAUGAAACCACAGAUUGUGUGAAGCACUUUCAAUGUAACUUCUAACACAAUCUAUUCAUGCACAGCACAACAAGUCAAAAGUUUGGACACACCCACCCAUUUUUACUAUUACUAUUUUAGAAUUAUAAGUAAAAAUCUAAAAUAUUUAAAAAAUAAUAUGUAUAAAAAAUGUGUUCUAAAAAUUUGAUAAAAAUGAGCAUAAAUACAUAUAAACAUCAGGUGUGUCCGAACCUUGACUUGUUGUGUUUUUCACACCGCACAGACUGUAUUUUAACUGUAUGUAAACUAUGUAUAGGACAAAAAAUUAUAUGUAGAAUACAUUUUUUGAGCGGUGGGUUGAGAAAAAUAUACUGUAGUAUUACUCAGCACUGGAGUGGGCUGGAUGAAACGCCUUUCAUAAGCAACUAUUUGGAUUGUAGUGUUUUGUGUUUUGUGUUUCGUCACUAUGUUAGAGCUACACUACAGAGAUAGCUACUGAUUUCACACUGUGUCGUGCUAUUGUCAUGACUGAGACAUCUAUCACUUAUCUCUUUUCUGUCUUCCAUUCAUUCUCAAAUAGCCAUUCUAAUACAUUCUUUCCUAAAGCACGUGGUCAAACAGGUUUUUCUUCCAGAGAUAAAGAGUGUAACAAGUUUUUUUUAAGUGAUCUGGCUUGUGAGGGUUUAAAAAGGAAUCUUGAAACUAAAAACAUGUUAAAUGAAUGUUUACGUCCUAUACUGUAUGACGACUUGAAGGCGACUCAUGCAUUUCUUUCAGUUCAGGUUUGAGUAAUAUUUGGUGGAUUAAAAUGCACUGGAUUUUAUUUCAGUUAAAACAUUACAGGUUAAACUUGUUGAAAUCACCACAUUAUAAAGAUCUUAAUAUGAAGCCUAUAGCUCUGUUUGAAUUUAUCUUUUUUUUUUUUAAUUGUCAUCCGUUCUUGUUUCAUUGUCCGUACAAAAAAGUGUGUUUUUUUAUAGCCACAACAGUCUAUUAAUACGCCUGUGUGUUGUGGUAGUAAGUGACCAAGUGCUUUUCUGUGAGUCUGGUUACUUCGUUCUGACAUUUCAACCUAUCACCUGCACUUUGACCUCAUCCUCAUUUUUAAAUGCUUAAGUGAAACCAUUACCCUGAAUAAAUAUCAGAUGCUCUCAGCACUCCAUAAUUCAAUACUGUGGGACUUAACCAUGUGGCCCAUGUUCUAUUUUUAUUUUGUUUUCUAACUGCAGUUAUUGGUCAAGCAGUGUUUGGGUCACCGAGUUGUAUGUUUAUUAACACUCACAUUAAGAAAGAAUGCGCAUCAUGGACAUGUGUAGAAUAAACAAGCGUGUGUAU